UAAAAACCUGAAAAUUGUAAUUUCUGAGAAUUUGCUUUAGGGGUCACCUUUCCAAAUAAAACAUUUUUGCUAUUACUUAUUUUUACUAUUUAUCUGAUAUAUUAAAAGGUUUGAUACAUAUUAAUGGGCUUUCUUUCGAAUGCAACAGCUUAUAUUUUACCAGGUCGAAUACCUAAACAACAGUUGUUGGAUUGUCAUGCUAAAAUCCUUCAUUUGGGUGGUAAAACAUUGUUAGAGCCUACAACAGCAGAGUACAUCUUUGUAAACUAUGUACAAUUAGGACGGGUACGACGUGAAUUGAGAACUAUAGGAACACCCCUCGAAAGUUGUAAAGCCUGUAAAUAUAUUGUAAAUAUUUCUUGGCUCAACGAGCCAAAACAGCCGCUUUCGGAGAAUCAUAAUGUUCUAUGGUAUAAUCCCGAUAAAUUUCAAGAAGAAAAAUAUCGAUUUUCAGAGGAAAGCGAAAACAUCGAUAGUUCUAAGGAAGUAGACGAGCAACCCGGUAAUGAAUUGAAGGAAAGCUCUAAAGCGGAAAAAGAAGCCUCAGAGGAAUGUGAAAGUCAAGUAUACCCUACUAACGAUACGUUUCCAUAUGUGCUGGGAAUGCCACGCUAUGCUUGUCAACGCAAAUCGCCUUUGGUUUGUGUGAACCAAGAUUUUGUAAGUGUUCUAGAAGUGCUUAAAGCUUGUAGGGAAGUUAAUGGCGAAUCAAUGCGGGCUCGCGCAUACGGUAUGGCGAUUUCUUCUAUCAAGUCGCUUCCUGUCAAAAUCGACGACGGCGAGUUUCUUACAAAACUACCCGGCUGUGGGCCUAAAAUUACUCAUUUGUGGCGAGAGUUCUCAACAACUGGUAAAUUGAAGGAAGCUGAGGAGUAUAAUAACGACCCAGCUGCAAAGGUUAUCCGACUCUUUUACAACAUUUUCGGAGUUGGUGCGGCUAAAGCUCUUGAAUGGUAUCAAAAAGGCUGGCGAACAAUUGAAGACGCACGAAGGCAUAAAGAUACGUUUACAAAGCAGAUUCAAGUCGGAUUGGAGUACUAUGAGGAUUUUUCAAAACCCACAACCAUAGAGGAAGCCACAAACAUUUAUAAUACCGUUAUUUCUUCACUACCUGAUGCUAUUAAAGUACAAUCUUGUUUGGUAGGAGGCUUUCGACGAGGAAAGCCCGUGGGCGCUGACAUCGACAUGGUCCUUAGUCCUUCACCGACUCAUACAACUAAGCACUUAGUGGAUGCCGUAUUAGCAAUUCUCAAUCAAGAAUUUAAUUUUAAUUUAAUCUCUAUUCAAGAACAUUCUUGCGGUGGAAAAAAGGGAUAUGUUAUUCUAGCAGUUAUUUUGUCACCAGAAUCAAAUAUUCAUAGGCGAAUCGAUAUUAUCGUUGUUCCUCCUGCAUACCUAGGCUCUGCUGUUUUGGGAUGGAGUGGUGGUAUCUUCUUCUUAAGGGACUUAAAAGUCUACGCUAAUGAACGGCAGCUUAGCUUUGACUCAUUCGAUAUAGUUGAUCUCAAUACAGGCAAGGAUAUCUGCCCAACGAAGCUUGACGAAUGGAAAGAUCCGGUAUCAGCAGAAAGAGAUGUAUUUCAUUUGUUUCAGCUUGAUUAUAUUGAACCAAAGUAUCGGAAUACUGGUUAAUAUACUUAACAUGAAAUCACAACAAAGCACUUUUGUGUAAGGAUUUGGCUCUCACUUGUAAUUUCUUAUAUGAAUUGCAACCUUUCUAUUGUUCUUUAUCAAAAAUAAAGCUCAAAUCAGAAAUUGGAUCGAUCUUUCUUUUUGCAUAUUUGGAAAUCCCAUAGACUUUGUGUUUACUAACGCGACUUCUUCCUAUAAUAUACAGGUAACAUCGCUACCUAAAAAUUUCACCCAUGUGACUGAGAAAACACUCAUUA